GUAAAAAAAAAAAAAAAAAAACCAAACGGCUCUAAAUUUUUUUAGAGAAGAAGACGUUGAAUAUUUGAGGAAAAGGAAGGCAGGCAGUCGGUCAGUAGCGCGCUCUCUUUCAGUCUCUGAGUUUGGAGAAGCCUCACCAAUCAUCAUCGGUCACCAUGGACGACUUCCUCAUGAAUCUAAUUUGCCCUAAUUCUCCAUCCGUAUGGGAUGGAAAUCGAUUAUCCAAGUGUUUCAACAACAUGGUUUUAGGUUUCGGGGUGAAUGCCAUAACUCUUGUUAUGAUUUCUAUAAUUGGAAUUACUCACAGGAGUCCCCCAAGAAGCCGGAGGAUAAACAUGCUAGAAAGGUUGUUCUUGCAUUUCCUUCCUGCCUUUGCAGCAUGCUUGUCUCUUUUGGACGUGGUUUUAAUUUUAAUUAAAGCACUUCAUGGAGACUUCAUUGUUCAUCAUGAGUGGUUUUUCAAAUGUUCUCAGUUUGCAGUUUGGACAUCUAUCUUACUGUUCUCAAAGUCUUCCAACUAUCAUUACAUAUUUUGCAACUUGAUCCUAUGUUUUUGGUGGAUUGUGAAACCAAUAUUGGGCGUCAUCUAUCUCCUAGCAACGUUAUCUUCAUUGGGGAUUUUGAGAUGUCUUAAAGAGAGCUGUAUUGUUUUGUUGGAUAUCAUGUUUGGCUUAUCCAUUAACAUUAUCAGGAUAAAGCGGACAUCUUCCAGAAGCAGUUCAAUAGAAGAGUCACUUCUUUCCAAUGACAAGGACCUAGAGGAAGGUUGUCAUAGGGAUUCUGGAAAUUCGCAGAGCUAUUGGGAUCUUAUGACAUUCAAAUCUAUCACUUCUGUGAUGAAUCAUGGUGUGACAAAGCAGCUUGACUUUGAAGAUUUGCUUCGUCUACCCGCUGAUAUGGAUCCACUUUCCUGUCAUAAUAGAUUGUUAAGCUGUUGGCAAGAUCAGCUGAUUAAAAAUUGCUCUAAUCCUUCAUUGUUUAGAGCAAUCUGUUCUGCAUAUGGGUGGCCGUAUGUUCGCUUAGGAUUAUUAAAGGUGCUUAAUGAUUGUAUUGGUUUUGCGGGACCAUUGCUUCUCAAUAAGCUGAUUCGAUUUCUUCAACAAGGUUCUGGGCAUUUAGAUGGCUAUGUUCUUGCAAUGUCCUUGGGGCUGACAUCUGUCCUUAAAUCCUUUUUUGAUACUCAAUACUCUUUCCACCUUUCCAAGCUGAAGCUAAAGCUACGGUCUGGUAUUAUGACUGUCAUCUACCAGAAGUGUCUACACAUCAACCUAGCAGAGCGAUCAAAAUUUUCUGAGGGGGAAAUUCAGACUUUCAUGUCCAUAGAUGCGGAUAGAACUGUCAACCUGUGUAACAGUUUCCAUGAUUUCUGGAGCUUGCCUUUGCAAAUUGGAGUGGCUUUGUAUCUUUUGUAUGUGCAAGUCAAAUUUGCUUUUGUCUCUGGAAUUGCAAUAACCAUCUUGCUGAUACCAGUGAAUAAAUGGAUAUCUAAAUUAAUUUUGAGUGCUACUGAAAAAAUGAUGAAGCAAAAGGAUGAGAGGAUAAGAAGGACGGAUGAACUUUUGACAUAUAUUCGGACUUUGAAGAUGUAUGGCUGGGAGCUUCUUUUUUCUAGCUGGUUGAUGGAGACAAGAUCUUCAGAAGUGACACACUUAAGUACUCGGAAGUACUUGGAUGCAUGGUGUGUAUUUUUUUGGGCGGCAACACCCGCUCUUUUCUCGCUGUUCACAUUUGGACUCUUUGCACUCAUGGGACAUCAACUUGAUGCUGCAACGGUCUUCACUUGUCUUGCUCUGUUUAACACCUUGAUAUCCCCCCUAAAUUCAUUCCCAUGGGUCAUUAAUGGACUCAUUGAUGCCGUUAUAUCUACCAGACGGUUGAGCAGAUUUCUCUCUUGUUCUGAGCACAAAUGUGAAGUUGAACUGAUGGCUGAUUCUUCUUCACCAGAUUUAUCAAAUGAACAGUCUGCAGCCAUCUUUAAAGAUAUGUCUAUAGCUAUCCAUGAUGCAUGUUGUGCUUGGUCAUGCAGUAAUGAGAAAGAAUGGAAUAUGGUGUUGAAUCACGUGACUCUAGAACUCCCAAAGGGUUCCUUUGUUGCAGUAAUUGGAGAGAUUGGUUCAGGUAAAUCGUCAUUGUUAAAUUCAAUUUUGGGAGAAAUGCACGUUCUACAUGGAUUAAUACAUUCAAGUGGAUCUAUAGCAUAUGUACCACAGGUACCAUGGAUUCUCUCUGGAACGGUACGUGAUAAUAUCUUGUUUGGAAAGAAUUAUGAUCCCAGAAGAUACUCAGAUACUUUACAGGCAUGUGCACUGGAUGUUGAUAUUUCGUUAAUGAUUGGAGGAGACAUGGCUUAUAUUGGAGAAAAAGGAGUGAACAUAUCAGGUGGACAGAGAGCUCGUCUUGCUUUGGCGAGGGCUAUUUAUCAUGGCUCCGAUAUUUUUAUGCUUGAUGAUGUCCUCAGUGCCGUUGAUGCUCAGGUUGCUCAGUGGAUUUUAUAUAAUGCCAUUCUGGGUCCUCUUAUGAAGCAAUGCACUCGUGUACUUUGUACCCAUAAUGUGCAGGCAAUAUCUUCUGCUGAUUUGGUUGUUUUGAUGGAAAAAGGGCAUGUGAAGUGGGUGGGAAGUUCAGCUGAUUUGUCAGUUUCUUCAUAUUCAGCAUUCUCUCCACUAAAUGAAUUUGAUACAUCUUUGCACAUUCAAAGACAAGAAUGCAGCAUGGCUGCUAAUACCGAAGGCAAACAAUCUCUCCUAGAAAAAAGCACUACUCAUGUUUCAGAGGAAGCAGAAGAGAUCAUUGAAGUUGAGCUACGAAAAGAGGGCAGAGUUGAACUUACUGUAUACAAAAAUUAUGCAGCAUUUUCUGGUUGGAGUAUCACAGUUGUGAUAUGCUUGUCGGCAAUUUUAAUGCAAGCUUCUCGUAACGGAAAUGAUCUGUGGCUGUCAUAUUGGGUUGAUACAACAGGAAGCAGUCAGACAGAAUACUCCAUCUCCUUUUAUCUGGUUAUACUUUUCAUCUUUUGUAUCAUAAACUCCUUUCUAACGUUGGUGAGGGCAUUCUCAUUUGCAUUUGGGGGCUUACGAGCUGCUGUUAAGGUGCAUAAUACACUGCUUCAUAAGCUUGUCAGUGCACCUGUCCAAUUUUUUGAUCAGACCCCAGCUGGAAGGAUAUUAAACAGGUUGUCUUCAGAUCUUUAUACAAUUGAUGACUCUCUUCCGUUUAUUCUCAACAUUCUCGUAGCCAACUUUGUUGGCUUACUGGGAAUUGCUAUAGUUUUGUCCUGUGUACAGGUCUUCUUCUUGCUUUUGCUAUUGCCAUUUUGGUACAUCUACAGCAAGCUUCAGUUCUUCUACAGGUCAACAUCACGAGAACUGCGGAGGCUGGACAGUGUUUCUCGUUCUCCUAUAUAUGCAUCCUUCACAGAGACACUCGAUGGGUCAUCAACUAUAAGGGCAUUCAAGUCAGAGGACUUUUUCUUGGCCACUUUCACUCAGCAUGUAUUGAUGUAUCAGCAAACUUCAUACUCAGAAUUAACCGCAAGUUUGUGGCUUUCCCUGCGCCUUCAGUUGUUAGCAGCAUCUAUCAUCUCAUUUGUUGCCCUGAUGGCUGUUAUUGGAUCUCAUCAUGGUUUACCAAUUAGUUUUGGCACCCCAGGACUGGUAGGAUUGGCUCUCUCCUAUGCAGCUCCACUUGUGUCUUUGUUGGGGAGCUUUUUAACAAGUUUUACUGAAACAGAGAAGGAAAUGGUUUCUGUUGAAAGAGCUCUUGAGUAUAUGGACAUUCCUCAAGAGGAAUUGCAUGGAUGCCAAGCCUUAAAUCCAGAUUGGCCACAUCAAGGAGUAAUUGAAUUUCACAAUGUUACGUUGAGAUACUUGCCAUCUCUUCCGGCUGCACUUUGUGAUAUUAAUUUUACAGUUGGGGAGGGGAUGCAGGUUGGAAUCAUUGGAAGAACAGGUGCUGGAAAAUCUAGUGUCUUGAAUGCCCUUUUCCGUCUUACCCCAAUAUGUACAGGAUAUAUUUUGGUGGAUGGGAUAAACAUAGCUGAUGUUCCUGUUAGAGAACUCCGUACACAUUUUUCUGUUGUGCCUCAGAGUCCAUUCUUAUUUGAAGGAUCAGUGAGGGAUAAUCUAGAUCCAUUCCGGGUAAGCAAUGACUUCAAAAUUUGGGAGGUUCUGGAGAAAUGCCAUGUCAAGGAUGAUGUAGAAGCAGCUGGUGGGCUAGAUAUUCAUGUAAAGGGAGCUGGGACGUCAUUUUCUGUUGGGCAGCGGCAGCUGCUUUGCCUUGCACGAGCACUUCUCAAGUCUACAAAGGUACUGUGUUUGGACGAGUGCACAGCUAGUGUUGACACUCAAACCGCUUCAGUAAUACAAAAUGCCAUAUCUACUGAAUGCAGAGGCAUGACAGUGAUCACAAUUGCUCACCGCAUUUCCAUGGUAUUGAACAUGGACAACAUCCUGAUUCUUGACCGUGGGAUCCUGGUUGAACAGGGUAACCCACAGGUUCUCCUACAAGAUAAGUUCUCGAGAUUUUCGGGUUUUGCUAAGGCUUCUACCACGUGAAUACUCAACAAGUGCUAUCGCACUCAAGUGCUGACAACAUGCACUGUGAUAUUUUAGUUUAUAAUACGGAUCAAAUUUGUAUUGUAAAUUGGUUCAAAAUCGUUAAUGGAAUUGGGUCCCUUAUCAUUUGCAACGAGGAAAAGACAACAUUGGUUUGAAAGUGAUCACUUACCAAUUACGACCAUAGUAGUCACCUGAGAAUUCUAGUGAAUUUGUGCAUAAAUUUUAAGGAUGUGUUGUUUUCAGCUAGUCUGCUUAUUGUGUAAGUCAAGACCUGAAACAAUGUUAACUUGUUGACAAUCUUACUAAAUGCCUACAACCCUACAUCAUGCUAAAUCGUUA